AUGGCAACCGUGUCCAACGGCUCUGAGUACGACUUUAUCGUCGUCGGUGGUGGCACGGCUGGCAAUGCCAUUGCUGGUCGUCUCGCGGAAAACUCCAACGUCCGGAUCCUAGUUGUUGAAGCUGGCAUUCCAAACCCAGACCAAAUCGACCAGAUCACCACGCCGUCCAAAGCAUUCACCCUCCGUGGCAGCAAAUAUGACUGGGCCUACAAGACGACUAUGAUCAAGCGUGACGACUACGAGCGCAUUGAAAAGCCUAACACCCGCGGAAAGGCCCUUGGUGGAAGUACGUGUGCCAACUACUUUACCUGGAUCCCUGGUUCGAAACCUACCUUUGACGACUGGGAGGACUUUGGCGGCCGGGACUGGAACUGGGACAGCUGCGUGGAGUACCUGCGCAAGUGUGCCACUUAUCACGACGAUGAGAAGCUGUAUCCAGCGGAACUCAGUAAGAUUGGAACUGGAGGUCCUGUUCAAAUCUCCCACGCGGACUUGGUUCCGGAGAUGCAGCCAUUUCGUGAUGCGCUUACCCAAGCGUGGGUCUCUAAGGGCCAGCCUCUGACCGAGGACAUCUUCUCUGGUGAAAUGAAAGGCCUCACGCAUUGUGUGGAUACUAUUCACCGGGGCGAACGCCAGGGUAGCUAUCUAUACCUGAGAAAUAAGCCGAACGUGACGAUUCUCUACGGCGUCCAGUCUAAGCACUUGAUCAUUGAUCCGAUAACACGCAUCUGUUCUGGUGUCACUGUGAUCAGCGAAGCUACCGAGAUUAGUGUGUAUGCUAGCCGCGAGGUGAUUGUUUCUCAAGGUGUGUUUGAGACGCCUAAGCUUCUGAUGCUAAGCGGUAUUGGCCCAGCCGCGGAAUUGGCUAAGCACGGAAUCAACCUGGUGGUAGACUCCCCUCACGUUGGUCAACAUCUUCUAGACCACCCGAUCGUGCCGUUUGUGCUCCAGAUCAAGGAUGGUUAUGGCCUAGAUGAUCAUAUCCUCCGCCCCGGUCCUCUCAAUGACAAAGCAUUGGCUACGUACCAGCGUGACAAAACGGGCCCUGCUAGCUCCGGAUUCUUGGAACUAGUAGGAUUCCCCCGUAUUGAUGAACGACUGGAGAAGUAUCCAGCCUACCGCGAGGCUAAGGCUGCGAAUGGUGGACUAGAUCCAUUUGGACCGGCGGGCCAGCCCCACUUUGAGCUUGACUUUGUUGGCCUGUUCAGUACUGCUUUCCAGUGGCACUUCCCAAUGCCAGAGCAAGGUAGCUACAUAACCGUGAUUGUAGACCUACUGCGGCCCCUCUCCGAGGGUGAGGUUACUUUGAACAGCUCGAACGCUCAGGUCCAGCCCAAUAUCAACCUCAACUUCUUUGCCAAUGACCUAGACAUUCUGGCUAUGCGCGAGGGUGUGCGCUGGACAUACGAUGUUUUGACCAACGGUGCUGGAUUCAAGGACAUCGUGGUCAAAGAAUAUCCUUGGAAAAUGCCUCUUCACUCCGACGCUGAAAUGGACAAGGCUGUUCUGGAUCGAAGCCAGACCGGUUUCCAUCCCUGUGGUACGGCACGCCUCUCGAAGAGCAUCCACCAGGGUGUUGUGGACUCGAAACUCCGAGUACAUGGAGUACGCAAUCUCAGGAUCGCCGAUGCUUCCGUUAUCCCCGUUAUUCCUGACUGCCGUAUCCAGAACUCGGUGUACAUGAUUGGCGAGAAGGGCGCCGAUAUCAUCAAAUCCGAGCACAAGGAUCUCUAUGAGGCAAAAAACAUUCCGUACUUUGUCUCCAGUAAACUGUAA